AUGGGGCCCCGAGCGAUUGCCCUGGGGGCGAGGCAGAGGAGCCGGGGGCAAGGGGGGCGGCUGAUCUCCCUCUGGUUGUGCUUCUUAUGCACGGCGGGGGGCUGCUCGGGACAGGUGUAUAAUCUCAGCCUGGCGGUGGACGAGGGGCUGCCGGCAGAUACUCUGGUGGGGGACAUUAGCGCAGGGCUUCCCCCCGGCGGAGCGCACCCCGGCGGCUUCUUUCUCUCGGAAGGAAGCGGCGAGUCGGCGGUGCUGGCGGAUUUCCACGUGCAGACAGACACCGGCAUCAUCCGCACAGCCCGGCCGCUGGACCGAGAGCUCCGGGCGCGCUACAGCUUCGUGGCGGCCACGCUGCAGGGGGAGAUGGUCCAGGUGGAGAUCGCCGUGGCAGACGUGAACGACCACGCGCCGCACUUCCCCCGGGACUCGGUGCGCCUCGCCGUCUCCGAGCUCAGUCCGCCCGGCAGCGUCUUCCGCCUGCCGGCAGCCCGCGACCCGGACGCGGGCAGUUUUGGCACGCAGGGCUACUCCUUGGUGCCGGAGGAGCCGGGCGCGACAGCGGGCGGGGAGCCCGAGGGAGGCCCCCUGUUCCAACUGCGCUACGGGACGCCCCCAGACACCCUGGACCUGGCGCUGCUGCGACGGCUGGACCGGGAGCGGGCGGACACGCACCGGCUCCGGGUGGAGGCUUGGGACGGCGGGAGCCCUCGGCGGAGCGGCCGCCUGCGGGUGGAGAUCCAGGUGCUGGACGAGAACGACAACGCGCCGGCCUUCGAGCAGAGCGAGUACCGCGCCCGCGUGCGGGAGGACGCGCCGGCGGGCAGCUCAGUGUGCCGCCUGGUGGCCACCGACCCGGACCUGGGCGCCAACGGCGAGGUGCGCUACAGCCUCAGCCGCCGCCAGGGCGACCCUUCGGCCGCCUCUUACUUCGAGGUGGACGCGCGCACCGGGCUGCUGCGCCUGCUGCGCCCGCUCGACCGCGAGGCCCGCGCGCUCCACCGCCUGGCCGUGGAGGCCCGCGACGGCGGCGCCCAGCCUGAAGCAGCCACCGCCCUGGUCGCCGUCGAGGUGCUGGACGUGAACGACAACAGCCCCGCCAUCCACCUGCUCUACCUCACCGAGGCCGGCGCCAGCGUCUCCGAGGGGGCUCGGCCCGGCGACUACGUGGCCCGCGUGUCGGUCUCGGACCCCGACGGCGCGGGCGAGACCGGUGGCGGAGUGGCGCUGAGCCUGCAGGGCGGGGACGGCGCCUUCUCGCUGCGGCCCUCGGGCGACGACGGCGGCGGCGUCUUCUUCCUGUGCGUGGAGGGCCCCCUGGACAGGGAGAGCCGCGACGCCUACGAGCUCCGCCUGGUGGCCGUCGACGCGGGCUCGCCGCCCCUCUCCUCGCAGCGGGCGCUGCUGCUCCGCGUGGCCGACCUCAACGACCAGGCGCCCGCCUUCGCGCAGCCUCGCUACCGAGCCGCGGUCUCGGAGGCCGCUUCGCCGGGCACCGUCGUGCUGCUGCUCAGCGCCUCGGACGCCGACGCGCCCGGCUCCCCCAACGCCCAGGUGCGCUACAGCCUGGGGCCCCGCCAGGCGCAGGCCGCGCUCUUCCACCUCGACCCCCGCAGCGGCGUCCUCAGUGUCCGCGGCGGGCUGGACCACGAGCGCGAGGCCCGGCUGGAGCUGCUGGUGCUGGCCCGCGACUUGGGCGAGCCGCCCCUGUCCACCUCCUGCCUGGUGAGCGUCGACGUGGAGGACGCCAACGACCACGAGCCGGUCUUCCAGCAGCAGGUCUACAACGCCAGCCUGGCCGAGCACUCGAGGGCCGGCCUGUGUCUCCUGCAGGUCAAGGCAACCGACAGAGAUUCAGGCCAUUUUGGUCAUAUUGAGUAUUUUCUGUAUGAUGGAUUCCAUAGCUACGAAAAAUCAAAAGCAUUCCAGAUAGACCCAAGCAGCGGCCACAUAUGCGUGUCUCAGGACAUUGACAGGGAAGAAGAUCCUGCUACUUACGAUCUUUUAGUGAGAGCUACAGAUGGGGGUGGCCUAAGCGCCCAAGCUUUUCUUCGCAUCGAGAUAGAAGACAUUAAUGACAAUCACCCUGUCUUCAACCCUGCAAGUUACGUGACAAGCAUCAGCAGUCAUAUGCAGCCAGGAACCGAAGUCAUUAAUGUUGUUGCUGUGGACAAGGAUUCUGGAAUAUAUGGAGUUGUAACUUAUGAACUGGAACCAGGUGACUUCUCUUCCCUGUUCACAGUGGAUACAUCAACAGGAAUUGUUUAUCUGACAUCAUCCCUCAGUAAGCUGGAACAUAACAGUGUGCUUCUGACUGUUUCUGCUCGGGAUGGAGGUGGUCUUUGUUCAGUUGUUAAUGCAGUCGUAUCUGUGAAGAUCCUCGAGACGGCGGUGGCUCCUGCCAUAUUUGACAGAUCACGUUACACAUUUUCUGUCCCUGAAGAUAUCCCUGAAGGCAGCGCUAUUGGAACAGUCAAAGCAAGGGAGCCAUUGAAUUUCUUGGAAACAAUUUCAUACAGAAUUUCCUCUGGUGAUCCCUAUGGAAGAUUCUCUAUUGACUCUCAAUAUGGUAUCAUCCGCACCAAAAAACAGCUUGACCAUGAAACGCAUUGCUACACAGUUCUUACGGUGCAGUCUCAGUUGGGAAACUCCCCUGUCUACAGCAAUGCCCAGGUCAACAUAACUGUGAUAGAUGUCAAUGACAACCCUCCGGUGUUCGUUAUGGAAUCUGAUAAGAUAAAUAUAUCACGUAGCACAGUAUCUGGCACAGCUCUGUACAUUGCUCAUGCAGAAGACAAAGACAGUGGGCUAAACGGGGCAAUCCGAUACACUAUUGCAAACAAUCAGUCAGGUGUUUUUAACAUUGAUCCAGUACUUGGAGUGCUGUAUCUUGCCAGAACUCUGGUUGCUGAUAAGCAGAAAGAGCACACAGUACACAUCGUAGCAGAAGACCAUGGAAGUCCCCCUCUGAGUUCUUUGAUGAUCUUGACAGUGGUUGUUGUUGAACAAAAAGAGUGCCCCAACUUGAGUUUUGAAAAUUUGGUCUAUCAUGUGGAUGUCAGAGAGACAUGUUCUGUAGGUGCCAUAAUUCUUCAGGUACAAGCCCGGAAUUUAGGUCCACAACAUACCCAUGGGACAUUUAUUUAUUCUUUAGAGCAUAACACAGAUUCUGCUCCAUUUAGAAUCAGUCCAGAAACAGGCAGCAUUUACCUACGAAAUCCUGUAGACUAUGAACUUACUCAAACUCACACUUUUAGAGCCUAUGUUACUAACCCAGUGGAUACGUCAGGGCAAAAUGCAAGUACAUCAAUAAUCGUUAACAUCCUUGAUGAAAAUGACAAUUCUCCUGUGUUCAUGCGUGAUAGCUACUUUUUUGAAAUUGAGGAGAGUUCAUUACCCCAAGGUGUGGUUGGCAUACUCGCAGCGGUUGACAAGGACUCAGGAAGAAAUGGACAGCUCUCCUAUUUCCUCUUAUCUGAGGGAAAAUAUUUCAGGAUCAAUUCUAAUACAGGUGAAAUUAUAAACUGGGUUGCAUUAGACCAUGAACAACAUGCUCACCACCAACUGGUUGUACUAGUGACUGACCAUGGUGUUCCUCAACAUAAUGCCACAGUAACGGCCUAUAUUUCAGUUACUGACCUCAAUGACAACCAUCCCUGCUUCCCUCAGUUUUCCUCUGGAGCAGAGUUCAACAUCAAGGUUUUGGAAGGGCAACCAUCAGGAACACUGGUUGCCACUGUGCAUGCCAAUGAUCUUGAUUCUGGAAAAAAUGGGAUGGUGUCAUAUUCCUUGUCAGGGGAAAGCUUAGGUCACUUUCAGAUUGACAGCGGUAGUGGUGAGUUAAGAACUGCUGAAGCUCUUUUAUAUAAUUGGAGGUCAAUCUACAGAAUGGUGGUCACUGCAGCUGAUCAGGGGAGCCCUUCACUUCAAGGACAAAUGGUCAUCAAUGUUGAGGUAAUUCCACUUCCUAAAGGGAGUUCUGCUUCUUUUCAAAGCAUCAGACAUUUUGUCAUACCGGAACAUUUUAGACCUGCGCGGGUACUGGGUUCUCUAAGACUGCCUGGCCAGCAUCUGUAUACCAAUAAAAAGCAGCGUUUUAGCAUUUUGGUAGAAGACUCUCAUGUCCCGUUUGAAAUUGACAGUUCCUGUGGGGAUCUUUUUCUUUUCAAAGAACUUGAUUAUGAAACUGCAUCUCACUACUUCUUUAGAGUGGUUGUAAACGCUGAUGGGAAUUUUCUUCCACAGAAUAAUACUCUUUUCAUCAGUAUUGAUGUUGAAGAUCAAAAUGACCACUCACCUUCUUUCCAGAAUGACGUUGUUGUGAUUGGUGUAGAGGAAAAUGUGCCUGUUGGCACUUUGGUGUAUACAUUUAAUGCAAGAGAUGGAGAUGGCAGUUUUCUGAACAGCAAUAUACAGUAUUCUAUAGCCAGGAGUAACUUCACUGAAAAUCUAUUUCUCAUCCAUCCUUUUUAUGGCAGUUUAAUCACAGCAGUUCCCCUCGACCGAGAGGUGAUGCAGUUUGUUAUCCUGACAGUUGUGGCAACUGACCAAGCUGUAAACUUGACUGACCGCAGACAAGGUUCUCUGACAGCCAAAAUUAUUAUUUUGGAUGUCAAUGACAACCACCCAACCUUUGUUUCAUCACCUGUUUCCUACAUCAGAGAGGAUGCGGAGGUAGGCUCUUCAGUACAUAGCAUAGUUGCUCAUGAUCCAGAUCAAGGAAGGAAUGGAGAAAUCACAUACUACCUUCUCUCAAGUAGCGAAGACCAUGUGUUUGCACUAGACAAGUCUUCAGGACUUCUAACAACCACCUUCAUGUUGGACCGUGAAAACCAAGAGUGUUACUCCUUGACUAUCAUGGCUCUUGAUGAUGGCACACCAGCACUAUCAGCAACUCAGAUCCUGACAAUAAUUGUUCUUGAUGUAAACGAUGAGCCACCAGUGUUUUCAAAAGCUCUGUAUCAAGCGUCCACCUAUGAGAACAAAGAUCCAGGAGAAGUUGUCAUAAAAAUAGAAGCUACAGAUAAAGAUUCAGGAACAAAUUCUAUGCUUCGCUAUGAAAUUCUUCCAGGACCUGGACAUGAGGUUUUUCAGAUAAACUCAGAUACUGGUGAGAUUACAACAACCAUUUCGCUUGACAGGGAAGCUCAGGAUAUCUUCACUUUUAAAGUGCUGGUUCGAGACAGUGGAAGCCCCUUUUUAUCCAGCAGAACCUCAGUUAUCUUCAGAGUACUGGAUGAAAAUGACCACGCUCCCACUUUCCUCCUUCCUGUUUCUGAGAUCCAAAUUCUGGAGAAUCAGCAGCCUUCAAUAGUAUCGACUAUACUGGCUGUGGACAUGGAUGCCGCCGAUAACGGAGCUGUGCAAUGUCAAAUCAUUGAUGGAAAUGUUAGAGGAUACUUUGCUUUGAAUGAAUCUUCUGGAGACCUCUCCACUACAUGUGUCUUAGACAGAGAGAUUGUCAGCAACUUUACUCUCGUUAUUGGAUGCUCUGACCAGGGUGAUCUACAAAGAAGCUCCAUGAUCCACGUACAGAUCACAGUCAUUGAUGAAAAUGACAACAGUCCUUUGUUCGCAAGGGACCACUAUCAAACCUCUGUGAGAGAAGACCUUGGAGAAGGAGAAGCAAUUCUUGAACUGCACGCUGUUGAUGGAGAUGAGGGCCCAAAUGGAGAGGUUAGAUACUCUCUCAUUGAUGACACCCUUGGAGCAUUUACCAUUAACCAGAUUACUGGCACUGUAACUGCUACAAAACUGCUGGACCGGGAGAAAAAAUCUCAGUAUGUAUUUAGGGCUGUGGCAACUGACAUGGGACUCUUGGGACCAAGAAGCAGCAGUGUUACGAUCAUUGUGUACGUUGAGGAUGUAAAUGACAACAGUCCUCUUUUUCUACAGAAUCCUGUCAAAGCUUCUGUGCCUUUUCAGACAUCUGUGAAUCAAACGAUAGCUACUAUGAAAGCCAGUGACCUUGACUUGGGUCUGAAUGGUGCUGUAAAUUUUAUGUUUGAAACACCAGACACCAUGUUUCAGGUGGACCCAAAUACAGGAGAAAUCUUUCUUCAAGAACCCCUUCCUCAUGAGGGUGUUAUUACCUACCUCGUCAUAUUGGCUUCAGAUCAAGGAGUUCCAGCUAGAACAGCUACUGCUGUUUUGGCCAUCUCUUCUGAAACCCUAACAGAGACUAUUUCAUUCAGUCACAGUCAAUAUGAAGCAACCGUGCCUGAAAACAGUGCAAAAGGCACCUCUGUUUUCACCCCAGCUGUUUAUGACCAUGGCUUGGUGGGAAAGAAUUUAAAGUACACCCUCAUCAGUGAACAUGAAGACAUUUUCUCCAUUCAUCCCAUCACGGGUGCAAUCACAGUAGAGCAACCAGAAUUUCUUGACUAUGAAGUCAGGAAAAAAGUACGUUUUACAAUCUUAGCUGACAAUGGCUUGAGCUCAGCACUAUGUGGAAUGACAGUAUUGAUACAAGACAUGAAUGAUAACGCACCUCAUUUUGAACAAAGCUGUUUCACAGCAUUUGUGUGGGAAGGCCAGCUCCGUAACACAUACAUCAUGCAGGUCUAUGCAACAGAUGCUGAUAGUGGGUUAAAUGGAGAAAUUGAAUAUUCAAUUUUAUCUGGCAACACAAACGAAGCAUUUAUCAUUGAUUCUGCAAAAGGAAUUAUAUCAGCCAACAGAGUCUUAAAUCGAGAAGACAUUUCAUCCUACAGGUUGGUUUUGCAAGCUACUGAUGGGGGAACUCCCAGGCUCUCAGCUAUGAGCACAAUAGAAAUACAAGUAGUGGAUGUCAAUGAUAACGCUCCGACUCUCCGACCACGUGGCACAGUGGAACUCCCUGAAAAUGCUCCACUUGGCUUCCUUGUGACGCAAGUACUAGCAGAUGACGUGGACCUGGGCCCACCUCUUCACUACAAUUUUGCUGAGGGUGGUAAUCCUGGAAUGAAAUUUGCAAUUGACAGAUACAAGGGAAUAAUCACAUUGGUGCAGGUGGUAGACUUUGAAGAAAUUGAUCAGCUUGAACUGUUGAUCAGCGUUUCAGAUUCUGUGCAUCAAACCACAGGAAUGGUUUCAAUCCUUAUAUCUGACGUAAAUGAUAAUCCACCAGUAUUUACUCAGGAUGUGUAUCAGGUGAUUAUACCAGAACUCACAACUGUAAAUGCUUCUGUCUUAACUGUGUGUGCCACAGACAGGGAUUUGGAGGAUAAUGGAAAGAUAUCCUACAGAAUUCUUUCAUCCCCUGAUGGAUUUUCUAUUGAUCCAAAAAAUGGCUCCCUAUUUUUGGCUAAGUCAUUGACAUACCAGGACAAAAAUCCAAUUAUUGAGCUCCUCGUAGAAGCUGUUGACCAUGGAAUCCCUCCUUUGACUGCUGUGACUUCAGUGAUUGUACAAAUACAAGACGUGAAUAAUUAUGCACCUCAGUUUACUAUGGCAGCAUAUAAUCUCAGUGUAAGAGAAAAUGCGUUCAUUGGAGAGAAGCUGCUCACGUUUUCUGCUACUGAUUAUGAUACGACACAUGACAAUAGCUACGUUGAAUAUUCUAUUAUUGGUGGCAAUGGUAGUAACAAAUUUCACGUGGAAAUGCGUGUCAUUGGGCCAGAAUCCCCAUAUAAAGUGGUUGGAAAUCUUGUGCUGAGAAGUGUUCUAGACAGAGAGAAAAGUUCCUCUUACCAGUUAUUAAUUCUUGCAUCUGACCGUGGAUCUCCUCUUCUAAACUCCACAGCCACUGUGUCCAUCACUGUUUUGGAUAUUAACGACAACCCACCUAUAUUUACUAGCUCAGAAUACUAUGUUCACGUCAGAGAAAAUACCCCAGUAGGAAGUCAUAUUACUGCAGUUUCUGCAAGUGAUUAUGAUGCUGGAUCUAAUGCAGAGAUCACUUACAGUAUUGUCUCUGGAAAUGACGAAGGACAUUUUCGUUUAGAUGGGAAAACUGGCUCCCUUGAUCUGGUCCGAUCUCUAGAUUAUGAAGAAACAAUGGCAUUCAGUUUGACUGUUCAAGCCUUUGAUGGAGGAGUUGGUAUAAAAAAUGUGGCUCUUGCUGCUGUUUUUGUCAGUGUUCUUGAUGAUAAUGAUUAUGCACCAAUGUUUGUAUCCCCCAACCUGGAUUGCAGAGCACAAGAAAACCUGCCCCCUUUUUCUUUUGUGUGCGCGAUUUCUGCAUUAGAUUUUGAUACUGGCCCCUGCGGUCAUCUUUCUUACUCUGUCCAGUCCCCGUGUUUGUCUGGUCAUGGAACUUCUCUAGACGGUGACAUGUUUUUCAUAGAUCCUCUGACUGGGGUUAUCCAUACAAAACAAGUGCUUGACUUUGAACAUCAGAUUAAAUACUGCUUUGUAGCUCAGGCAAAAGACAAGAGUGACGCCACUGCCACAGUUACAGUUCGGGUGACUGUUGAAGGGACAGAUGAAUUUAAUCCAGUCUUUAACCAAGAUCAAUAUUUUUUUGAUUUCCCUGAAGUAAACGAAGCAGGGCAGCUGGUUGGCAGAGUAUCAGCCUCAGAUUACGACAGAGGAUUGGAUGGUGUAGUUCGUUACAGUCUGCUAAAACAGUCCCCUUUCUUUACUGUGAACCAAAGCAGUGGGGCUAUCUAUUUGACUAAACCUUUUCACAGGAAAAGCAGCAACAUGAAGAGAAGAGAAGACAUCCUUGAACUGCUUAUAAAAGCUCAUAGCCCAAAACUGGGCUCUAAAUCUACCACAUGCACAAUUCUAGUGAACAUUUCUAGUAUCCCACAGAGCUCUUCCAUGUUGUCACCGCACACCUUGACCAUCAGCAUCGCUGCUUUUACUGUACUGUUCCUGUUUCUGGUCAUCAGCCUUGCUAUGCUUAUUGUGAGAUACAGACCAAGAGAUACAGUGAACUCCAGCAAGAAAAAAGAGAUGCCAUGCUGUUCACCAACAAAUUUGAAUGUAAAUGUAAACAGUGCCCCUAAAGCUGCCCAAGAAACUCCUGUUUCUGCAACAAGUACCCUUCCUGUGAGCUCUGUAGCGGAAUGGCUAAGUUUGGUCGGCAUUAGAGAAAGGAAGGAUGUCGGUAAUCCCUGCAGGCAUUCAGACUCCAGUGGCCAUGGUUCUGCAGAAGGCGAAACAGCAGAAGAUGAAGAAAUACAGAGGAUUAAUGAGUGUCCUUGCCGGAAGGGUUCUGGAUCCACUUUAAGUGACCAAGGCUCACGAAUACCAGACUCAGGAAUUCCCAGGGAUUCGGAUCAGCUUUCAUGUCAGUCUGGAGAGACAGAUGUGGUUGCUGUGAUUCAGAGUACAGAGACUAUCCAGGUCUUUGGUGAUGGAGCCGGAGGAGAGGAAAGAGAUGAUGACGUAAGGUAUACUUGCAAUAACAUGUUAUCACUUCAGAACAUGGAGAUAAAAGAAAUGGACGUCAUGACAGACAUCGCACGAGAGUACAAUUUCAUACCUGAUGGCCAGAACUCCCAUUAUGGAUCUCUUGCCACCCUAGUAGACUCUGAUGAGGAUCGAAGAGGUUGUUAUAACUGGGAUUACUUGCUCAAUUGGGAACCUAGAUUUAAACCUCUCGCAUCUGUGUUCAGUGAUAUUGCAGAACUGAAAGAUGAAAGCAUAAAAACAUACAACUUUCCCAAGGAGAUCAAAUCUUUCAUUUUCCCCCCUCCCUUGAUUACCUCUGUAGCUCAGCCUGGUUUAAAGACAGUCCCCCCACGAAUGCCAACUCUACUGUCUGGUCAGGCAUUUAAAAAAUACCCCCACUCACCCCUCUUCCAUAACCUAAGGUAUCCUCCAUCAGCCAUGACUCCUAGUUUUUCUCCUUCUCUCUCCCUGCUUACAAUGCAGACACCUGUUGCAUCACCAGUAGCAGCAAACCCUAGCCUGAAGGGCGUGUGCCCAGGUGGGCCAACAUGUGAACUUUCGACCGAAGAAGAAAUCCAAGUGUAG